CUUUGUAAAUUGAAUAAAACAGACUGGAUCUUGGUACGGCGCAAUAACACAAAAAUUUUAAAUCUUCAAUUUAAAACAAAAUAAGCAAAAUAUUUCUUUUACAAUACAAAUAAAAAAAUAUUACUAAGUGUUAUUCGAGUUCAGUUUCGACAUGUCAAUUGGAUACGGUUCGCUAUUGUCGUGAAAUAAGUACAAUAUAAGAUUUUAACCGUAGAACAAAAGCUCUGAACAAUGUUUAAAGUUUAUAAUAUGUGAUGAUGGUGAACAAAAAUGUGAUAAACCAGCGAUAAACGUCUAAAUAUCGGAGUGAAUUCACAUACAGACAAAGAAUAAAUAAACGUCAAACGAGACUAUUUGUCGUCAUAAAGAAAGAACAACAAGUACAUAGUUGUGAAAAAUCAGGAUGGAAACAAAACCAAGAGGCAAAUAAGCAAACGUUAUAUUUAAUAAAAGAAGAAAAAUCAAUAUUGAACAACACAAACACUAUUUAAUUUCAAGUCUACAAAAGUUUUUACUAUAUUUUUAUAGGAACAAUUUAAGAGUUUUAAAAAACAUUGUCAAUAUUACACACAAACAUAGGCUCCCAAUAUUAAACUGAUAAUGUUUUAUAAUUUUUCUGGGGUCAACAAAGAUAACAAACCAAAAACGAAAGUACUAUAAUAAUAAUAAACUUGAGCAAACAUUGAAUAAUAAAUAUAAAGAGGGAACGAAACGCAAUGUCGACCCUUUGCAACUUUUAUCUCACCCUUACGGUGAUUGGAUUAAUCUUAACAAAGGCCGUAUUCUCGGAGGCAAGGGUAGAGGUACCGGAGUUGCAAGUCGACGCAAUACGCUACGAAUAUAUCGCCCUUCAGAAAUCACUUUGGCUUUAUUUGGAUAAAGAGGGUACCAGCAAAAGUUCUGAAUUUCGAAAAGUUUAUGAUUCGCAUCGAAAAUUUGUUAACGAUAAUUUCCAAAGCAAUUUCGAAGUGGGAAGAUAUGAUAUACUAAAUCACUAUGAAUGGAGUCUAUUGGAACGCGACCUUCUACAAAUCGACAGGAUGUUUGAUUACUAUCAGAACUUCAUGAACGAGCACAACAAUACUGCCGAAGUGAACGAGCGUGCCAUUUUGGACAUUUGCGAGACGGUGCUUCGCAAUGAUAAUGUUUUCUCUAUGUCGCGUAUUUUUCAGGAGUUGGAGUUAGUGAUGGUCAAGCAAACUCUUUAUUAUAGAGCAAUGUUGGAAUCCACGGAUCAAAUAUGCCAUACACAACAAUCGGCACAACAAUUCAUUUAUUCACUAUAUUCCGAUAUAGCUCUUACAGAGUUAAAAGGCUACACUAUGAUGCAGUUUUCGUGGAUGAUGUUACGGAUUUACGGCAAAGGAAAUUUUUCUCAAGAAGUUGAACUAAUGCGUAUGGACUACGUAAAACGAACAGAACGUGCCCUGAAAUUGUUGAGGGAGGUUAUGCGUCGCGCCGAUCGAAUUUUGUGGAGAUGUGACCCUGGAAAAUUUGAGCAAGGCAAAAAUUAUGACGAGGUGACUCGUCUUCUACAGGGUUAUAUUGAGAAUGAAGUUGACUUAAACAAAGAAGAAACAUGUCGUGAGGAUUGUGCAUUUUAUCAAUCCACCAGAUCCGAAGGCUGUUUCAAAGAUCUAUAUUGUGCACGCCAACCCAGAUGUUCAGGAAAAUUGUAUCACUGUACAUAUGUUGACGCGGACAUGUGGGUUUGUCCCGCUAGCCGAAACAGUACCCGUCGCUAUGAAUAUCUAGAAUAUGAAAAUGGUCGAGUACUUGGACAAAGAACUCCUUGUGUGCGGGGUACGACAAAGGUGGAAUCCUGGUGGCGCUAUCUUUUUUGGCACUGUAGCUAUUGCUUUUGCCUGUGCGAUGAAAUUAGUAUAAAAUCAGACCGCUACUUCAAUUUGCGUGAAACGGUUGCGGAUGUGGAUAACAAUAGAGUAGUCACCGGCUUACGCAUUACGAAACAAAAUCGAAUAUUUCAUUUACAAAUCCAAGAAGGAGAACUUUUACCGAGGGGCAAUAUAAAUCGAUCGAGUCUUACUUGGAAACCAGUUGAAAACUAUCAAAUAUUCGACAGAGACGUGCGCAAUGGUCGUGAUUAUCAUACACUCAGUUACGAAAGUAGAUCAAUGGAUUUAGACGACAUCUACACAGACGACAACUCAUUUAUCGUUGUUGGUGUGCGUUGGAGAGUCGUUGGUGCGCAUUUAAAUCUUGAAGCCAAGUUAGCAGAAUUCGAUUUCAAAAUGGGUAAACUAAUAUCCCCAGAAACGAAUAGUUUUUGGAAAUCUAAUGAUAAUACCGAUGUGAGCGGGGAACGGAGACAAAAAAUUAAUCUAAACAACCCCGACAAAUCAACACGAACAAUAGUCAAAUCAAUACCCGACUCACGUCAUAACCAAUAUAUAGAUUUUAUAAAUACAAGCAUGGAUAAAGAUGCCGCGCAGAGUACGGUACCGUUUAUCGAUACACAGGAAGUGACAUCUAACCCGCCAGUGCCUCUAUCCGGUGUCGGCAUAUAUCACAAGGGACGGCAAGGUUACGGUGGUUUUCUUGCACCGAAGAUUAUGACCUAUGAUUUUACACCCCACGUUCGAGUGCCACAAGAUAUUAACUAAUUACAAACUUAGAAAGUAAAUAUUAUUAUUCUAAGUGUACUAGUAUAUGGAUGUAUGAAAAAGGAAGUAUAUUUAUAUAAUUAUAAUAUUGAUAUACUAUAGCAGACACAUCUACAUAUAAAUAUUUUAGUAAAUAUUGGAGUGUACGAAUUUCCAAUGCAAACAGAUUGUAAUAUUUUUUAUGCCAAUGAACACAAUCACUACUUAGAAAAAAGAAAUUGAUUGUAUUUACUUUGCAACCGUUUCAUCAAAAUUGAAAUUUCUAGGAAAUUUAUUUACAUGAAUUAAAAUUCAAAGGAAAACAAGUUGAAAAGUAUUCUUGCUCGAAUUAGUACAUAAUACACACAUUAAUUGAACUUUGAUGAUUUCUAAAACCUAUAUGUUUAGAUCAAACAGUGUGCAGCAAAUUUACAUAAACUUGAAUUAGAAACUGAA